UGUCACUAGAGGAAGCUCUUCCCGACGCUGCUGUUCCGCAGAAUUAUCAAAAGCUCUAAGUGAGGGUAGGGGCAAGGUCAAGCCUAAAGGUCACUUUGCAGCCACACCAUCUACUGAGUCAGUGAAAGAGAAGGCAUUGCCUCCUAACGGUGCCAUCGGCCUUCCGGAGCUGCUGCUGGUAGUACUUAAAGUGGAACCGAGAAUUCUGUAGUUUCAGCACGUAGGCCAGCGCCAAGAUACAAUAUGAUGACAAGUUUGUUUCCAAAGCUUACCAUUUGUGCAUUGUUCGUGCUCCUCGUCACGGGCCAUCCUUUGCCUGAGGAGCCCGAGUCAGGCUCUGCCUCUCAGGCAUCGGCGCAUGAGAUCGCGGACGCAGUGAAGCAGGUUUCAGCAGCGAGUCCAGCCUCAGAGGACGCAGCUGCUGAAGCAGCCGCUGCAGAAUCCGUAGCCGAAGCAGCAGCGCCUGACGGGGCUGCCGCCGCGGCGGCACCAGUGGAAGAAAGAGCUGCAGAAGCGGCAGCGGCCGCAGCUGUGGGUGCUAACAGCGGCGCGCACGGCGCAGCUGCAGUCGCGCCUCUCGGUGCAGGAGCUGCUGACGCCGCCCUGCCCCACAUCUCGGGAGCCGUGUCGGGACCACGCUACGAGCACGCGUCGCACCAGCAAUCGGCUCGGCAAGAGGGGUUCAGCGAGGCGGCGCAAGGCGCCCAGCAGGGCAGUCAGGCAGCUGAGUCCGGCGAAGCCUUCAAGAAGGUCGAAGGCUUCGAGAACCAGAGUGGCUUCCGAAAGCAGGAUGGCUUCUCAGAGAAGAGCAGCAACCGCUAUGGGUCAGGAUUCUUCCAGGGAAGCGAGGGACAGCACGACUUCAACCUUGGAAACCAGCAUUCCUUUGGAGUCGCCGGCUACGGUGCCCACGACUCACAGGGUGUGGUCGGCAGCCCCAACUUUCACGAGCUCCUGAAGGUUGGCUUCAUCCCAUGAUUAGGUCAAGAAUACCAGGACGUCGAAGACUAACUGCGGCUUCCGUUCCUGCAGAUCGCGCCUGCAGCAGGUACUAGCAUAACGGCAUUCAUUUCUGAAUACAGAAUUCAUAAACAUUC